AUUCUGGUAUGUCUUUCUAGGCCCACCUACACCCAUGACCAAUCUCCUGACGCCCUAGAACUGUCGGAUCCUCGUAGUCGUAGCUCACUAUCUCCCAACUUCAACCUUCACAUUUUCUCCUAGAAUUUAGCUCCUCGUGUUCGAUUACAAGAAUCCUCAAUUGUAUUCUCCUGUGCGUGCCUCCAUUUUCAGUUCGAAGAUUCAGUGAUAGUAAUUUUCAGCAGCAAUUUUCUUCGUAGAUACAGGGUAUACGUACGGAAUCUGUGCACUCUUGCCUAGCGUUGUAAAUCUUUUGAUCGAAUUUUGGUAAUUUGAGAUUUCCGAUGAGCUAUAGAGCGAGAUAUCCACCGCCUGGAAUGGGCGGGGGGACAGGCGGAAGGAACCCAAAUGCCGGGCCAAACCCUAAUUUUCAAACGAGAAACCCUACGCAGCAGUAUGUACAAAGGGGUCCAUCGCCUAGUAAUCAGAAUCACCAAUUGUAUCAGAACCCCCAUCAGCAACAAUGGCUGAGAAGAGCUCAGUUGUCGUCCGCUGAAUCAAACGUUGACGAGGUCGAAAAGACUGUACAAUCGGAGGCCAUCGAUUCCAGUUCACAAGAUUGGAAGGCACACUUGAAAUUACCACCUCAGGACACCCGUUACAGAACUGAAGAUGUUACAGCUACUAAAGGAAAUGAAUUUGAAGACUACUUUUUGAAGCGUGAGUUGCUUAUGGGAAUUUAUGAGAAGGGUUUUGAGAGACCGUCUCCAAUCCAGGAGGAGAGUAUUCCGAUUGCUCUAACUGGAAGUGAUAUCUUGGCUCGGGCAAAGAAUGGAACUGGGAAAACUGCUGCAUUUUGCAUUCCAGCAUUGGAGAAAAUUGAUCAAGAUAAAAAUUCUAUUCAAGUUGUCAUUCUUGUCCCGACAAGAGAAUUGGCUCUUCAAACAUCACAAGUUUGUAAAGAACUUGGGAAGCACUUAAAAGUUCAAGUUAUGGCUACAACUGGAGGAACUAGCCUGAAAGAUGACAUAAUGCGUCUUUAUCAACCAGUUCAUUUACUUGUUGGGACACCUGGAAGAAUUCUUGAUCUAGCAAGAAAGGGUGUUUGCAUUUUGAAUGAAUGUUCUAUGCUCGUAAUGGAUGAGGCUGAUAAGCUUUUGUCUCCAGAGUUUCAACCUUCAAUAGAGCAGUUAAUUCGAUUUUUACCUGCAAACCGUCAGAUCCUAAUGUUUUCAGCUACAUUUCCUGUUACUGUGAAAGAUUUCAAAGAUCGGUACCUGCAUAGGCCUUAUAUCAUAAAUCUUAUGGAUGAGCUUACUCUCAAGGGUAUAUCCCAGUUUUAUGCUUUUGUUGAAGAAAGGCAGAAAGUUCACUGCCUCAACACUCUUUUUUCAAAGCUUCAAAUAAACCAAUCUAUUAUUUUCUGCAAUUCCGUGAAUCGAGUUGAACUUCUUGCCAAGAAAAUCACAGAACUUGGCUAUUCUUGCUUCUAUAUACAUGCUAAGAUGCUUCAAGAUCAUCGCAACAGAGUAUUUCAUGACUUCCGCAACGGUGCCUGCAGGAAUCUUGUCUGCACUGACUUGUUUACAAGAGGGAUCGAUAUCCAGGCAGUCAACGUUGUUAUCAAUUUUGAUUUUCCCAAGAAUUCAGAAACUUAUUUGCACAGGGUUGGUAGAUCUGGAAGGUUCGGACACCUUGGUUUAGCUGUGAAUCUGAUUACCUACGAGGACCGCUUCAACCUGUAUAGGAUCGAACAAGAACUGGGGACAGAGAUCAAGCAGAUUCCUCCACAUAUAGAUCAAGCAAUUUACUGCCAAUGAUCUGUGAUGACUGCAACUUACUUUGUCUUAAGGACUGGUGGAACAUUGACGCCUGUGGAAGCCCUUUGAGGAUUGAACAUCAGGAUUUUUUGUAUGAAAUCAUGGUUUUGAUAAUGAAAAUGCAUUGUGUUGACCCCAAAAUUUCCAAAAUAUUGGGCAUUUCAUGGCCCUUGGACAGUUGGACUCUGAACGAUAUGAUAUCACCUUGGGAAUCAUACCUUUUGUUGCUUUUAUAGGUCAUGGUUUAGUUUCUAUAUUUUAUAUUGGGGUUAAGCCAUGCCAAAUCCUGCAUUUCUUUAUGUAGUUAUGUGCAAUUAAUAUAUAUGGUUCCAGUGCUACUUUCUACUGUCGAGUAUCGAGUUGUGUUAGUUUAGUUGAAAGGUAAUAAACAUCUUGCAGUGCAACGGAACUAAUUGGACUGUUAUUUGACCAAGUAACAUUGCUCAAUAUUGUUCAACAAAUACUUUUGAUGGCAUAUUUGUUACUGUGUUAAUCGUUCAUUUUUUUUCACUUAUAAUAAGAUGUACUCGUACUUUCCAAUCUCGAUUUUCUACGGAUUCAAGGUAACAGUUAAGUUUGCUACUUGAAUUUUCUUGGUAAAAGUAGGAUUGGUUUUGAGCUAUAAUUGAGGUGAUGGGAACUUGAGCUGUGGUAGCAUGUGACGAUGUAGAAGCUGAUAUAGAGACAUGGCAGUGUUUGGAUAAAUAGUGGUUAGGUAACUUGGGUUGGGGCCUUUUCUUUUCCUUAUUCUUGUUUUUUUUUUUCUUUAUUUUUUUCCUUGUAAAUUUCAUUUGUUCAUUUCUUUAUGUUUAUUUUCCUUUUUAAGGAUUAAAGAACGAGGAUGAAUUAUGCUUCAGUUUUGUUUGAGUUGAUGCAGUUUGAAUAAAUCCAUUCCCUCAACAUAAAAGUUGUUAUAGGAAUGGUCUUGUGAAGCUGAUAAUUGUAUAUUGUGAAGCUUAAUAUUGUGGGGGCAAUAAUAUGCUGAAGGGUAGUUUUUUUAACCCUCUUAUAUUUUU